AUGUCUGGUGGUACUGAACUAAAAUGGCGGUCCAAAGUUGUGCUGCUGUCUUUGAGGGAGCAGCUUCGGAGCUCAAUUUUCUUGUCGUUCUCCACCGGCGCCAAGCCGCCAGCGACUUGCCCUUCGACAAUCGACGGUUGGACUUGGACCUACCUCAAUCUCGAAUCUUUGGAUGCAGGAAUAUGGCUGGACAGAUUGCUUCCUAAUUCUUCCUUUCUUAGGGUUAUCCUUUCUAAUUCAACUCUUCUCGUCUUCUAUCAACCCAAAGGACUCUCGUCGAAGAUGCAGUCCUCCUACCUUACGCGACGUGUUUUUCGUGCUCUGCUCAACAACGAGCCGGUGUGUUUCUCCCCUCGUCGAAGUCGACUUUACUCCUCAUCAGCAACACUGUACCGCGCUCGGAAGACGUAUAGCAACUAUGGCCAGUCGCGGACAUUCUUCUCCUUCACCGCGCCUCCGCGACAGGAGACUGCCGACGUUCCCACUUCCGAAGUUGGGCUACAAGCCAUGAGCGAACUGUCCAAAGCGAUGAGGACAAGUGGCAGGGCUCCGCCAUUCGAUGUCCUCUGCAAAGCCUUUCAGAGAUUCUUUGAGGUGCGCGCCGAAGAACCGGGGGUCAUUACGGAAUUCCAUGCCAGACAGCUGGUUAAUACAUAUAAAUAUCUCCGAGCCCACCACAAAGAACAAGACGCGAACAACAGCGCCGAGUGGGAAAUAAUCAACUCCAACGAAACGUCAGAGCUGAUUCUCUACGUUCUAUCCCAAGCAACCUGUCAUCGCAAUUCUCAUCCCCUCGUGCGGGAACUGGCCCAAAACGCAUAUAACAUCUUAUGUGCGGCAUCCACAAAAGCCGCGGGUGAAUUGAGCUACGAAGCACUUCUUGCCUGGGUACGUAUACUAGCGUUCUUUGGUAAUCCAUACCAGGCACACAAGGUUCUCUUGACGUGGUGGCCCAAACUACAGUCAUGGUCAGAGCUCGAUGCUCAAGGGUCGCCCUGGCUUUGGGUACUACACGGACUGGCGUUGAAACAGGAUAGGACCAAUAUUGAACAACUUGUUACGAAACUGUCGGAUAAAUACAACUUUGAUCUCAGCUCGCAGCAACAAGAAGAAUUGAUUGUGACUCUGCUUGAACAGAAUCAACUUGAUGCUGCCAAACUUAUAUAUACCUGCCCUUUGCCCAAGAAGGCCGAGCCAACUAUCACUGCCAUGGUUGCAGUCUCAAGAGCAGCCAUCCUGAGUUAUGAUGUGAAGUGGACCCAGGACAUUCUACGUCCACACUGGGCGUCUCCAUCCGCCGAGACACGAGAUGUACUUUUGUUGAUGAGAGCUGCAAGAGGCGGCACGGCAUCGGACCUGGCAAAGAAGCUUAACAAAUGGUGCUCAGAAGACCCUUCGGUUCGAAAUGGUCUGUCCGUUUCCUGCGUCAACGACCUCAUUAGGUACGCAAACCUGACCGGCGACCUGCAGCUUGCGGCUGAGUAUUCGCAAUUGAUACCCCAGUGGAACCUGGAGUCGGAUCUAGACACAUUCUUUCUUCUGGAACUAGAAUCCCGUAUACAGGCCUCGGAUGUUAAUGGCACGGUCAAAGUGCUGCGCGAUCUGGAGGAAAAUGACGAUGCCUCGACAAGCAUCAACCUGUCAAUGAGAUAUCGACUCAUCAAGAUGCUAUGCCAACGGCCAAACGACGACGAUGCCUUUGACCAAGUGACCAAGCUCUUGGAUCCACUGGUGCAACAUGGCACACAAUUAGAGCCCGAGGCCCUGGCGGCACUUACGCAUCUACUCGCGUAUCGCCAUGACUGGGAAGCUCUCUCUCAGCUACUCCGACCUCGUCUGAACUCUUAUUCACCAGUCACUGAGCGCCCGCUUAUCAGAAACUCACUCAUAAGAUUCAUCCACGACCGCGAACAGCCCUCCGACGAGGUCUGGGAGGCAUACCAGCUGAUGCGAAUGGCGUUUCCGGACACCGAUAGCAAAACCCGAAUCACAAUCAUGCAAACUUUUUUCGAGCGCAACAUGCUCGACAAAGGCUGCCAAGUAUUCGGCCACAUGCGCCACGCCACCAGCGUCCACCAGCGACCCACGCCCGAAGCAUACAUAACAUGCUUCCUCGGCCUCGCGCGCGCCGCCGACUGGGCCAACAUCAAACUAAUCCGAAACAUGCUCAAACUCGACGUGGACAUGGACAUGACAACCCGCAUCCGCAACGCAGUCAUGAUCGCGCUCGCCGCAUGCCACAAGGCAGACGAAGCCAUGAACGAAUUCAGCGAGAUCCUGCGCUCUGACGAAGGACCCUCUCAAAACACACUGCUCAUCUUCUUCAAAGUAUGCGAGUCGCCAUCGCAUACUCACGGUAUCGACGAUGCGCAUAAAAUGAUGCGCAAGAUCACCGCGCUCGAAAUCCCGCUUGAUCGCCAGCUAUAUCUGGCUUAUAUCAAGGCUGUGGCCGCGCAGGGCGAGCAUGAACUGGCCAUCCAAGCAUUGGAGCAGACAGAACAGAAGAUUGGUCAGCUGCCUGAUAAAGAUAUGAUCGCGCGAACCUACAACGCCUGCCCACAUGAAUAUGCCAAAGAAGGUAUCGAAGAAUGGGCCAAAAGGAGACAUGCGAAUAUAUGGCAGGAAUUAGAAAGGGGGCCGAGGUCCGAGAGAGAAGAGGGCGUUUAUCUAGAGGGGUAUGAAGAGGUGUUGAUGCCGUAG